AUGCCUGUUUUCUCUUCACAAUGCCUUGGUUGUAAAGUAUUAACCAUUACUCCUAACAAUAUUUAUCAUCACAUCCCUAGUAUUUUCGGUUUAAUGAUUUUAUUUGACACAAAUGGUUUUCCUCUUUGUUUAUUAGAUGGAAGCACUUUAACUUCAAUUAGAACUGGUGGUAUUGGUGGUCUUGCUAUUGAUCUUCUUACACCACAAAAUGUAGAUUCUGUAGGUUUAAUUGGUUGUGGUGUUCAAGGUUAUUACCAAUUACUCUUUGCGUGUUCUAUUAGAAAAUUCUCUACUAUUUAUUUAUUCAACUUUCCUGAAAUGGAUCUUUCUCCUUUUAUCCUCAAACUCUCAAAUGACUUACUUCUUCAUAAUAUCCACCACCAUAUUCAUUUUGUAGUUUGUUCUUCUUCUACUGAUGUUGUUCUUAAUUCUCAAGUAAUUAUCACCGCAACUACUUCUUCUAAACCUGUUCUUCCUGACACACCUCUUCUCUAUCUUGAUAAAACAAUUAUUGCAAUUGGUUCUUAUCUCCCCACUUCUCGUGAACUUCCUGAUGCUGUGUUUAACGAAGAAACAUCAAUGUUUAUUGAAAUGGAUUAUGCAAAAAAAGAGAGUGGUGACAUUUUAAUUCCAUUGAAAAGUAAUAAACUUUCUGAGGAAAAUAUUCAUUACUUAAUAGAUGUUAAAAGAAAUAAGUCAUUAAAACGAAGAACUAACAUUUUUAAAUCUGUUGGAAUGGCAUUAUAUGAUAAUAUUGUUGGAUAUGACUUAUACAGAAAUGCAAAAGAGAAGAAUAUAGGAAAAGAAUUAAUAUUAUAA